CCUUGAAUAGAGAGGGGUUUAAGAGCAGCAAGUGCAUUAGUGUGGUGUAGUUGAACUUGAACCAACCAUGUUUUCUGGCACUCGCACUCGCACCCUUCCUCUCAUUCCUCUCGCUUCCAAAGUGUGUGCUGCUCCACAUGAAGCCCUCUACUCCACCCACAUUGUCGGCGAUAAAUCGGUUCUGGUUCGGGAUUUUAUUCAUUCUGCACUCUACCAUCCAUUACAUGGCUACUUCUCUCAAAGAUCGGGAUCCGUUGGAGUUCUUCCUAAUGCUAUUAAAUUCAAUCAGCUUCAAGGCCGGAAAGCUUAUAUGAAAUACUUGGAUACUAUUUACAAGCAGAGUGACAUAUCAUGGUUUACACCAGUGGAACUUUUUAAGCCUUGGUAUGCUCAUGCUAUUGCUGAAGCCAUCAUGCGCACUGCAAACUUCUCUGUUCCUCUAAAAAUAUAUGAAAUUGGUGGUGGAUCUGGAACUUGUGCCAAGGGUAUAAUGGAUUACAUAAUGUUGAAUGCUCCUGCAAAAGUUUAUAACAGUAUGACUUACACCUCAGUUGAGAUUAGUCCUUCACUUGCUGAGGUGCAAAGGGAAACUGUUGGUGAAGUGCGCAGCCAUAUACCGAAGUUCAGGGUGGAAUGUCGUGAUGCUGCUGACCGGAGUGGAUGGGGGCAUGUGGAGCAACAACCAUGUUGGGUAAUAAUGCUUGAGGUUCUUGAUAAUCUUCCACAUGAUCUCAUCUAUGCAGAGAAUCAAAUUUCCUCAUGGAUGGAAGUCUGGGUUGAGAGACAACAUGACCGAGGAACAAUUGGCGAGUUAUACAAGCCAUUGCAAGAUUCACUAAUUACACGUUGUGCUGAGAUCAUGGACUUGGAUGAAAUCAAAGCAACUCACAGCACUACUGUAUCUACUCUGAAAAGCCUUUGGUCUAAGGUUAACCCAAAACCGCGUAGAUGUUGGCUACCCACUGGUUGCUUGAAAUUACUUGAGGUUCUCCAUGAGGUGUUACCAAAGAUGUCUUUGAUUGCUUCUGAUUUCAGCUACCUGCCUGAUGUGAAGAUACCUGGUGAAAGAGCUCCCUUGGUUUCAACUAAAAAAGAUGGGAGCAGCUGGGAUUAUGAUAAUUAUAUGGAGGCAAAGGGUGAUGCUGAUAUAUUUUUUCCUACAGACUUCUGGCUCUUGGAACGAAUUGAUCAUUAUUGUUCUGGGUGGCUAAAACUUCAUGGUGACCACUCAUCGAAAAAAGGAAAGAAAAGGAGAACAAUUACACUGGAGACAUCAUCUUUUAUGGAGGAGUUUGGUUUGCCCACAAAAACGAGAACCAAGGAUGGAUACAACCCACUCUUGGAUGACUUCAAGAAUACCAAAUUUUAUCUUAGUGUCCCGACACACAAUAUUAAGUAGAUAAUCAUACUUGAUACAAGUACUUGCAUUCACAAGAACGUGCCAUAGGAGUUUAUUGAGAUUAUAUAUGUUCCGCGUGUAUACCAUAACCCAUUAUUUCAUGGUCUGAGCAUAAGUGAGUUUCAAGAGUAUAACGUGGUCAUAUAUUGUUGAUGGACAAUUUUGCUUUGGACAUGUGGUCCUCUUCUCUGAAGCCAGAAAUUGCUUGAUUUAAUUGUAAGAUAGACAUUUUUACGUAGGUUUUAGAAUAACACGACUUGUAAAGAUCUUACAUUUUGUUCUGUAGUAUUUGAUAAUACUUUGUACUGUACAC